AUGGAGACUAGACACUUUUGCAGCAGCAACUCACGAACUGGGAGCGAGGCCCAGAUACACUUAUGUCCUGAAAAGUUCGAUGGUAUCUCAACUGAAGAGGAAAGACUUCCUCCGGUGGAUGGAGGAAUCCAAGCAUGGAUGUUUCUGGCAGCAUGUGUUAUGCUUGAGGCUCUUAUAUGGGGAUUCGCCUUCGCUUUUGGUGUGUUUGAAAAAUACUAUCGAGACCUUGAAGAUUUCCAGGGCUCUGAUAUGGUGGCUGUUAUUGGAACAUGUGCUACGGGAAUCUCCUAUUUGAGCUGUCCCGUCGUAAUUAUUGCAAUGAUUCUCGUCCCCAAGAUGGGCAGAUGGUUUUCUAUCAUAGGAUUAACCAUCAUGUGCUUUUCACUAGCUUUGGGAUCAUUCUCAAAGAACGUUACCCACCUUAUCCUCUCACAAGGUGUCGGAUUUGGAGUCGGUGGCUGUAUAGCAUACAGCCCUUCAAUUCUCUACAUGAGCGAAUGGUUCGUCAGACGAAGAGGACUUGCAUUCGGCAUAGUCUGGGCUGGAUCAGGGGUAUCUGGGCUCGCCUUUCCGAUCGGCCUGGAGAAACUCUUGUCAAAUUUUGGGUUCCAAACCACUCUGAGAGUCAUCUCCGUCCUCAUUUUUGUUCUAGCUGCUCCGCUCUUAUACUUCCACAAACCACGCCUUCCAGUUUCUAAAACGAUCGGCUACCAUCGUCUCAACUUCCGAUUCCUUCUCAACAAGGUAUUUGUCAUCUAUCAGAUUGGCAACAUCAUGGAGGCACUGGGAUUUUUCCUACCGGGCAUAUAUCUCCCAACAUACGCCCGCAAUAUCGGAGGCUCUAGUUUUAUAUCCUCGCUCACGGUGAUGCUUUUAAAUCUAGCGUCUGUGUUCGGCAGCGUGACCAUGGGCCAUCUAGCAGAUCGAUACCACGUAAUCACCUGCAUUACGAUCUCCACCGUUGGCAUGUUGCAUAUGGACUAUUUGCAGGAUGUUUCUCGGCUACAUGGUCAGGAAUUACGAAUGAGGUCCAACGAGUCGACCCAACCGCCGAUGCGACCAUAA